AUGAUAAUCCUUCUAGGUUUUCUUUUUGAAAAAUUAUUUUUAAAAAAAUUAAAAUUUAUUUUUAAAUCUCUUCUGCAUGAUUGUAACGAAUCUGCACGAAUGAAUCCAUUUUCUGCUAGAACACAAAGACUGCUGUUGGGGAUGUUUAUACAGUUGCUAGGCAGCCUAAUUUUUCAUUUUCCCCUAUUUUUUUCUUGGUUUCUGGCAAUUAGAUCAAUCAAGAGGCUCGGGGUUGAAAAGCUUCAGGGAAAUGGUCCUACCAUAAAGAUGGAGGCCAGCAAGUUAUUUUUAGUGAAGCAACUAUCCAAAAUUAAUCCUUGGUUGAUUUGUUUGGCAAUGGCAGCAGAUGAUUUAUUAGCUCUUAUAAACGUAGAAACACCACUUAAAGGAGGUCUCAACACUCCUCUUCACAAUCACGACUUUAGCGCUCCGGGAAGUCAACGUCAACCAAUCUCUACACCAAACACUGUUCUUUCUGUAAUGGCAGCAACUCAAAAGAAUGUUGGGUUUGGACAAACUACUGAAUCUCAACGAACAUUAGCUUCUUCAACACCUGGCGGCGCUUCUACAACAACAACAGAAAUGAAUACACCAUUUAGAGACCAAUUAAAUAUAAACCCAAUUUCUGAUGAAACUAGACCUUCAAAAAAGAAUUACAACAACAAUUCUAUCAAUUACCUAAACCUAAAAAUGAUUUUGAAUUGACUGAAGUUGGGGAUGAAGAUGAUGAUUUUGGUGGAGAGGGAGGAUUGAGAGAGGAAUGGAUUGAGGAUGCCGCUAAACUUGAAAAGCGUCGUCAAGCAAUAGCCGAAAAGAAGAAAGCACUUGAAUUGGAAAAACGAACAAAAGCCUUUCAACGACAAUUACCUCUUCCAUCAAAAUUAAAUAUUGAAUAUAAAAAGCGUGGGGCAGGUGGAACAGAUUUACAUAAGAAUUGGAAGUGUUAUCAGAAGCCCGAGCUAGUCUAGCCAACUCAAAGGAAAGAGAGCAAAACGCAGAGCUCGUGAA